AAACGCAGACAUCAAUCACACAGAAAAACAAAAUUCACAAAACUGCAAAGGGACCCAUAAUAACUUACUCGGGCGAUCGAAUCUUGUCCUAAAAAAGAUUGAAACUUACAGAAGAUCUAUCUAAAUUUAAAUUCGUGAGGUUAGUGGGAUGGCGCAAGGAAGCAUGGACCCUGAAGCUCUCGACGACAUCAUUCGGCGUUUGCUUGAUUACAGAAACACAAAGCCAGGGACGAAGCAGGCUAUGAUGCUCAACGAGUCUGAGAUCCGACAGCUUUGCGUUGUCUCCAAACAUAUAUUCCUUCAGCAGCCCAGUCUCCUUGAGCUCGAUGCCCCCGUCAAGAUCUGCGGUGAUAUUCACGGCCAAUACUCCGAUUUACUGCGCCUUUUCGAGUACGGAGGUUUCCCUCCUGCAGCAAACUAUUUGUUCUUGGGAGAUUACGUCGACCGUGGGAAGCAGAGUUUGGAGUCUAUCUGUCUUCUCCUUGCCUACAAGAUCAAAUACCCCGAGAACUUUUUCCUCUUAAGAGGCAACCAUGAGUGCGCAUCUAUCAACAGAAUCUACGGAUUCUACGACGAGUGUAAACGGAGAUUCAGCGUGAAACUCUGGAAAGUGUUUACAGACUGUUUUAACUGCCUCCCUCUGGCUGCAGUCAUAGACGAGAAGAUACUUUGUAUGCACGGUGGACUUUCUCCUGAUUUGACAAGUGUGGAACAGAUUAAGAACAUAGAGCGUCCAACUGAUAUUCCAGACUCAGGUUUGCUCUGUGACCUUCUUUGGUCUGAUCCUAGUAAAGGCGUCAAGGGCUGGGGGAUGAAUGACCGUGGAGUCUCCUACACUUUUGGUGCUGACAAAGUCGCCGAGUUUCUAAUCAAAAACGAUAUGGAUUUAGUCUGUCGUGCCCACCAGGUUGUAGAGGAUGGGUAUGAGUUCUUUGCCGAUAGACAGCUUGUGACUAUAUUUUCUGCUCCAAACUACUGUGGUGAGUUCGACAAUGCGGGUGCAAUGAUGAGCGUCGAUGAAAGUUUGAUGUGCUCCUUCCAAAUUCUUAAGCCUGCGGAUCGAAAGCCAAGGUUCUUCUGAGGUAUUACUUACACAUACGAAGCCGUUGAAACUUCCUCAUGGUUUCAGAAUCUCCACUUGCUACAUUGGUUUCAUCUGGAAAUACUGUAGUUAAAAAGUUCUCUCAUCUAUGACUAAGCUUUGAUCGCAUCUGUUGGAUUACAAUAGCGACUCAUUUGAUGUACAGAGAGCUUUUUUUUUAAGAGUUCGUAACAAUUUUCCAUGUUUCAUUCAUCAUAAUGACUUUUCUGUCGUUGAAAGCGGUUAUCAGCUCAA